UGACAAGUCUCUUCGGAGGGCUCCCUUGGCUGCCGGAACAUGUGUGGCCGUGGGCAGCUCCGCUGGGGCUGGGGACAUGGCGCCCCAACCCUCACGCUGCUUUUCAGUCUGCUGGUGUCUGCAGCUCCUUCUGGCGUGCUGGGGGAGGGCACGCGCCAGGUGUCUCUGCAGGUGAUCCCUAGCUGCCCAGGCUGCCCCCAGAGCCUGCUUCACAUCCGGGCAGUGGGUGCCAACUCCACGCUGCACUAUGUGUGGGGCAGCCUGGGGCCUCCAGCAGUGGUGCUGGUGGCCACCGACACCCCCCUCAGUGUCCUGAGCGUCAACUGGAGCCGCCUUCUGUCUCCUGAGCCUGACGGGGGCCUGACGGUGCUCCCCAAGGACAGCAUCCAGUUUUCUUCUGCCCUUGUCUUCACCAGGUUGCUGGAGUUCGACAGCACCAACAUCUCUGAGGCAACAGCCGAUCCCCCAGGAAAGCCGUACCCUCCAUACUCCUUGGCCAAUUUCUCCUGGAACAACAUCAAUGACUCACUGGAUCCUGUCACCCUGAGCGCCAUGUUUCAAGGCCACCCUGUAGAUGACCCUACAGGGGCUUUUGCCAAUGGCAGCCUGGCCUUCAAGGUCCAGGCCUUCUCGAGACCUGGCAGGCCCACCCAAGCCCCCCGACUCUUGCACACGGCAGAUACCUGCCAGCUAGAAGUGGCCCUGGUUGGGGCCUCAGCCCGAGGAAACCAUUCCCUGUUUGGCCUGGAGGUAGCCAUGCUGGGGCACGGUCCUGACUGCCCCUCAGUGCAAGAGCAGCGCUCCAUUGACGACGAGUAUGCACCUGCUGUCUUCCAGUUGGACCAUGUGCUGUGGGGCUCCGACCCAUCUGGCUUUGUGCAGUGGCGGCCAGUGGCUUUCUCGCAGAAGCAGGGGGGCCGAGAAUCAGCCUUGCCCUGCCAGGCGUCCCCUCCUCAUCCCACGCAGGCAUAUUCUGUCCCUCCCUCACCCAUUGUCCAAGCCUUCUUUGGAUCCCAGAACAAUUUCUGUGCCUUCAACCUGACAUUUGGAGCUCCCACAGGCCCUGGCUACUGGGACCAACACUACCUCAGCUGGUCGAUGCUUCUGGGUGUGGGCCACCCUCCGGUGGAUGCCUUAUCGCCCCUAGUCCUGGGAAUCAUGGCAGUGGCCCUGGGGGCCCCGGGGCUCAUGUUGCUUGGGGGAGGCCUGGUUCUACUGCUGAGCCACAGGCAACACUCAGAGUACCAGUCCAUCAACUGAGCCCCACCCCCUAGAGGCCUGGACAGCACUGGGCCUACUUUGCUAUGCCUCUGACUGCCGGAGGUUGGAGAGUCAGUGUUCUAGCUCACUGUUCUGCAGGCCUCAGAGACUGGCCUCAACUUACUGGAGACCCCCGGUUGGAGUGUCCUUCCGACCUUAUGGAGGGACUGGGGUUGUUGAUAAAGGGGGGGGAUCCCUGUGUUAUUUCCUCCUUGUGUCACUGACCUUUCCUCAUUUCCUCUGGAGGAGAAUUGAGGUCCUACGUGACAGCCAUUGGCUGGCUACCCUAAGGGGCAUAAAAUAGAUUUUUUUUUCUUACCAA